CGGCAGCUCGCGGGGAACCUCUGCUCUGGCUCCGGCAGGCACAGGCGGCUCGGGAGGUGCUCGCCGGCUCCGCCCCCGGCCCCCGCCCGUCCGCCGCGCGCCCGCGCCUCCCAGUUCCCAGAGCCGGGGCUGGGGCUCUAGGCUGCGGCGGCGGCUCUAGGCUGGGCUGCUGGGCGCGGGGCCAGGGCGGGCCGGGAGAGGCUACGCCGGCGGCGGAUCGCGCAGAGGGCGGUGGCCUGGGCCGGCCGAACCAUGGCGGCCCCGGAGCCGGCGCCGAGGCGGGCCCGGGAACGGGAGCGGGAGCGGGAGGACGAGAGCGAGGACGAGAGCGACAUCCUGGAGGAGAGCCCGUGUGGUCGCUGGCAAAAGCGACGGGAGCAGGUAAACCAGGGGAACAUGCCAGGGCUUCAGAGCACCUUCCUAGCCAUGGACACGGAGGAGGGGGUAGAGGUGGUGUGGAACGAGCUCCACUUCGGAGACAGGAAGGCCUUUGCCGCGCACGAGGAGAAGAUCCAGACCGUGUUCGAGCAGCUGGUGCUGGUGGACCACCCCAACAUCGUGAAGUUGCACAAGUACUGGCUGGAUACUUCUGAGGCCUGCGCGAGGGUCAUCUUCAUCACAGAGUACGUGUCAUCAGGCAGCCUCAAGCAAUUCCUCAAAAAGACCAAGAAGAACCACAAGGCCAUGAACGCCCGGGCCUGGAAGCGCUGGUGCACGCAGAUCCUGUCUGCGCUCAGCUUCCUGCACGCCUGCAGCCCCCCGAUCAUCCACGGGAACCUGACCAGCGACACCAUCUUCAUUCAGCACAACGGCCUCAUCAAGAUCGGCUCCGUGUGGCAUCGAAUCUUCUCCAAUGCGCUUCCAGAUAAUCUCCGAAGCCCCAUCCGCGCUGAGCGAGAGGAACUUCGGAACCUGCACUUCUUCCCCCCAGAGUACGGCGAGGUGGCCGAUGGGACCGCUGUGGACAUCUUCUCCUUUGGGAUGUGUGCGCUGGAGAUGGCUGUACUGGAAAUCCAGACCAACGGGGACACCCGGGUCACAGAGGAGGCCAUUGCUCGCGCCAGGCACUCGCUGAGUGACCCCAACAUGCGGGAGUUCAUCCUUUGCUGCCUGGCCCGGGACCCUGCCCACCGGCCUUCUGCCCACAGCCUCCUCUUCCACCGCGUGCUCUUCGAGGUGCACUCGCUGAAGCUCCUGGCAGCCCACUGCUUUAUCCAGCACCAGUACCUCAUGCCUGAGAAUGUGGUGGAGGAGAAGACCAAGGCCAUGGACCUGCACGCGGUCUUGGCGGAGCUUCCCCGGCCCCGCAGGCCCCCGCUGCAGUGGCGGUACUCGGAAGUCUCCUUCAUGGAACUGGACAAAUUCCUGGAGGAUGUCAGGAAUGGGAUCUACCCACUGAUGAACUUUGCAGUUACUCGGCCCCUGGGGCUGCCCCGUGUGCUGGCCCCACCCCCAGAGGAGGUCCAAAAGGCCAAGACCCCGACGCCAGAGCCCUUUGACUCUGAGACCAGAAAGGUCAUCCAGAUGCAGUGCAACCUGGAGAGAAGCGAGGACAAGGCGCGCUGGCAUCUCACUCUGCUUCUGGUGCUGGAGGACCGGCUGCACCGGCAGCUGACCUACGACCUGCUCCCAAGUAGGCUGGGCAGGGGACCUGGGCGGCGGGCGGUGACCCCAGGCGGCGGGUGGCACAUUGGCCUCAUGCCUCGCCUUACGCCGUUGCCGCAGCGGACAGCGCCCAGGACCUCGCCUCGGAGCUCGUGCACUACGGCUUCCUCCACGAGGUGUGCUGGGCGGUGCGGCGCGGCCUGGCGGAGGGGGCGCGCGGGGCAGGCCGUGCCCCUCCAUCCCCCAUGCCUCCCUCCUUCCGCAGGACGACCGGAUGAAGCUGGCCGCCUUCCUGGAGAGCACCUUCCUCAAGUACCGUGGGACCCAGGCCUGACCCGGAGCCCCAGCCCCAGGGGACCAUGCCGGGGUGCUGCCUGGGCAGGCAAUGUUAGGGAGACCCCAGCACCGCGGGGCUGCCCUCCUUCAUGUGCCUGGGAGCACAAAGGCCCCGGUAGUGAAGGAACCCCCGCCUCCUGAGAGUGGGGCUGACCCUGCCUCAGGCGCCGAGGGGUUGGGGGGUGGGUGUGGGGGAGCCGUUAGGCCUCCCAGGUCCUUAGGAUCAGGGUUGCCCCCGGAACCCCUUCCCAUAUCCUCCAUUCUCCACCCUGAGUUCCUACCCAGGCUGCCUGGCCAGGGCCACUGCCUCAUCAGCAUGCAGGAGGCUGCCCUGUAGGGAACCCCAGCUCUGAGGCUUGGGGGUGAGGGUCAGCCCUGGACAGACCUCUGCCCAGGGAACUGCUCCAUGGGGUCUGGGAGAGCAGCCAUCCCCGGCUGGCACCACAGACCCACACAAGGAGCCUGCACAGCAAGCCAGCGGUGACACACCUGCAGGUGUCAGGCAUGGCACUGGGCACAACAGGGACCUGGCAGGAGAAACAGACCACAGAGAGGUCUGGAGUUGAGGCUGUCGUCAGCAAAGCCCCUGGUCCCACACAGCUCUGCCCUAGAGCCACCUCUUUGACCCUUUACCCACCCGGAGACCAGAACCCGCAGCCCCUCUGCAGAUCUCCUCUGGCCACUGCACCCCUCCAGUGGGCUUUUUCUCUGAUGCACUCCCUGGCCUGGAGGGGUCAGGGACCCCACAUCCUCUCUGCUCCUCAGACUCACACCCCCUCCAUGUUACCUCCCGCACCUCCUCCCUGGGGCAGCUGCUCCCUGGACCUCUGAGGAUGUCAGCUCCUGGCUCCCUGCCUGUCUCCCACUGCACUCCGGGCUCAGUCUGAGAGAUGUCUAUGCCCUCAUGCCUUCUACCCCUGCCUUUCUGGCCUCUUGAUUCUCGGCUUGCCACUCCUCCAAUUCCAAACUUAGUGAAAUGGCCUUAAGCAUUUUAAACUGUAUGUAUAAAUAUAGCGCAUUCAUGCCUUUUUAAAAGCAUUUCAAAUGUCAACUAGGAAGCCACACCACUGUAUUAGUUCUAUACUGCCGCUGUAAAAUUUACCACAAACUUAGUGGCUUAACACAAAUUUAUUGCAAUUCUGUAGGCUGGAAGUCUGACUACGGGUCUCACUGGACUAGAAUCAAGGCUGGCAGGCUGCCUUCCUUCCUGGAGGUUCUAGGGGAGACUCCGUCUCCUGCUCCUUCAGGCUGCUGGCAGAAUCCACAUCCUUUCGGUUGCAGGGCCAAGGUCCCCACUUUCUUGCUGAUUGUAAACUAAGGCCACUUCCAGCUUGUAGAAGCUGCCUACAUUCCUUGGCUCUUGGCCCCCUCCUCCAUCUUCAAAGCUAGCAGGUUCAGUCUGUGUCACGAACCAUUUCUCUGGUUCUCUGCAGACAGGAAAGGUUGUCCCUAAGGACUCAUGAGAUUAGGUUGGGCCCAGCCAGAUAAUACAGGAUAAUCUCUCUCCUCAAGGUUUUUAAUAUUAAACACAUCUGCAGGACACAUUUUGCCACGUAAACUAACAUUCACUGGUUCCAGGGAUUAAGGAAUGAACCUCUUUUGUUGGGGAAGGGUGGCAUUCUGCUGACCACAGCACUCCAACCAAAAGCCAAAAACCAAAGCAAGACUUACUAACGCAUAUCAAAUAAAUUAAAUGUACAAAAUAGUGAAUCUCAGUUAUCUUAAAUAUUCCAAUACUAUUCACAAAAUUAUUCAAAUUCUCACGCCUUCCAACUCAAAAUUAGCAAUCUAAAGUAAUUUCCAUAUCCUAGAUGGAAACCCUCAUGCUAAACUGUCUGAUUAUGCAUGGUCCUAAAUGGUUUCAGUGGCAAAUACAUAACAUUGUACUACUGAUUAAACUGAACUUAAAAGCAUCAA